AUGGCGGCGGAUCAUAGAAAAGAAAGUUCGCCAUCAUCUAGCGACUUUGUGUUUUGUUGCAAUUGCUCUUCAAAAAUUAGAAGCACAUCCCAAUACUGCUGGAAAUGCCAGGCUGAUCAAUCAAAGAUUGGUCCACCUGACUGGAAGCCACAAACAUCUUCCAGCGAAGGAGAAUCAUCCAUAUGCAAUGCAACCUGUAGCUCCAACAAAAAGGGAUCUUUUGGCAGGUCAGUAAUCUCAGGUGAACCAAAAACUUUGUCGCUUGAAGAUUACAUGCAACGUAAGUCCAAAGAGCAAAUUUCUGGACAUACUUUUCGCCCCAAGAAAAAACAAAAAGUCAAUGAUAAUAGUGAUCAAAAUGUCACAAUCAACAUUGGUCUGAUGAAAAUUGUAGGCAAUGAAUUAAAAGCCGUGUGGGGUAAAAAACUUCCGGUUGUUGUUCCAAAGACCUCCAAUUAUCGAAGCAUACUGGAUAAAGCUGUUGAAAAAUACAAAGCAUUUGAUCGAAAGUUUGAUGACACCCAAGAACAUAUAUUGGUUUAUGAAGAUGGAAGUCAUGCUCAGCUGAUGCCUGGAACGAAAGAUUUUUUCCAACUUGACAAUUAUAAAGUUGAGAUAGGAAAAGAUUUUAAAAGAAUUACCAUGUACCUUUGCACCUUGGAAGACCACAAUAUUUCCGAAGGUAUUUUUGACCAAUUCAACUGCCACAAAGAGGACAAACUUUUUGAUACUAUGUAUGAAGAAGAUGAGUUUUAUCAGCAGGAUUCGAUUCGUGAAUUGUGCAACACUGAAGAAUCAGAGAGGGUAUGUGAAGAUGCAAAAGUUGCCCAGAAACUGCAAUAUCAACUUGAUACAGAAGCUUAUGCAUCUCCUCUAUUCAUUCACAAGAAUCCUGAAGCAGUCAGCUCAGUUUAUGAAAAAAUACUAAAAGAUCCCGUAGAUGUUGUCAAAAAACUGGGUGACAAGGUAGAUGCUGAAUUGGACCAAUUUUUCUUGGUAGUACGAAGAGGAAUCAGCCUGACAAGAUUGUUAUCUUUGUGGCAAAGGGAAGCGAAGAAAACCCCUAUUACAAGAAUUUUUAGAGUUCGCAUUAUUGGAGAGGAUGGUAUUGAUUCUGGCGCAAUGGCCAAAGAAUUUUUAGAAAAAGCUACCAGAGAAAUAGAAAAAAUGAUGCUUCCAGAUGGUUUUCCAGUUGAUUCUACUCUACAUGUCCAGAAUAGCAAUUACCAUACUUGUGGAGAGAUAGCUGCAGUAUCCAUGGCUCAAGGGGGGCCACCUCCAUGUUUCCUUGAUGAAGCUACUUUCGAUAUGAUGGUUAAGGGUGUAGAUAUUCACAACAUCAAAGCAAGUGAUCUGUCACCAAAAGAGCAUCAGUUAAUAAAGCAAAUUGAAUCAUCAUGUGAAGACUAUGUUGAUACCAUUCUUGAGCAUGGUUAUACAGGUCCAGUGAAUAAACAAAACAUUGAAGCAAUUGUUGGUUCAAUCAAGGUUAGUCUCCUGAAUCGUAGAACUUUGUAUAUGAAUGAGUUUCUUGGUGGUAUGAAAGCAUAUGGGCUACCUGACUUAAUCAAGAAUGACCCUGAAGCUUGCAAGCCACUAUUUGUCAAUGGCAACUUCAAGAAAACUUUGGAACCUGAUGCCAAUUACUUACUCUCCAUUAUAAAUCCUAUGUACUCAGAAGACGGUUCUUCUAGAAAGAAAGUCGAAGAAUCUAUUAUAGACUUUUUCCAGGAUACUUUGUUGUCAUUUGAUGAUGGCCGUGUAUCUGGUUAA